GAUCAAUUGUAAUCUCUCCAAUCCCCAGAUUAAACCCCGUCGGUGGCAGAAGUUGCAAUGUCGAUGCCCAUCGUCGCCGCCGCCGCCGCCGCCACCGGCCGUUAUCCCUCGCCGUAUUCUGUGAAGGCGAUGGAGCUGGUGAAGAGGAGAUGGGAAAAUAACAGGCAUUCCAACAAUAUGACUACCGUAUUGGGUAAUGUGCUCCGGCUAUGCUCGCCGCCGUGGUUAUGGUGGUGGGGGAUAUACGGAGUAAAUUGGAUGUGGAUAAUUCUUCAUAGGGUGGCUAUUUCCAGAUUGUAAGCCAUUAAAUUUACUGUUUUGAUGAAUCAUAUGAAAAUGCAAUUGCCUUUCUCUAUGCAUUUUUUUUAAUUGCAGUAUGUUAAUCGCAAUUGGUAACCAUGAAUUUCUGUUUAACGAAAUUUCUGUUUAAUAAAAAUUUGAUUACUUUGGUCGAAUUAAUUGGGGAACCUCAUACCUAAUUGAACUCAUGGGAGAUUCAGUAUUGUAUCAAUUUAUAUGUUUAAGUGAUUUAUUUGUUAAUCGCAAUUGGAAACCAUGAAGAACCGCUAGUAGCUGCACUAGUCUUAUAUACUUCAUUUUUGUUUAACAAAAUUUCGAGUACUUUGGUCGAAUUAAUUGCGGAACCUCAUACCUAAUUGAACUCUUGGGAGAUUCAUAUUUCCAGUGCCUCUUUUUUUUUCGUUUCCCUGUGAAUUAUUUUAUCAAUGUAUAAGUAUAAGUGAUUAUAUGAUUUUUUCCGAAAAAAAGAAGUGAUUAUAUGAUUAAUACCUAGGAUUAACACCAAUUGUUGCUCCUUAUUUAGAACUCGUAUUCUCUAUAGGAAAUUACUCAUCCAAAUAUUUAUCUCAUCUUCUUUGUAACUUGAUGGUUCCUACUAAUUUUACUUCUCAUUGUUUGAAGGAAUAUGGAGCAUGAUCGAGAGCUAGCGAGAGAUGUAUUUUCAGUAUCAGUUAAGAGAACGCGGUGCCUGAUUGAGAAAACGAUUGAAAAACAAGAUUUACAAAGACAAUUAGGAGUUGAAAUGAUGCCGUGGAGAAGUUCAAAUGAAGAUGCAUCUUCUGCUGGAAAUAUGCAGAUGAACGAACCCAACUUAAAAAGGAAAAGAAGCGAUUCAAAUAAUUGCCAUCAAUGUCGCAGAAACGACAAAGGAAGAGUCGUGAGAUGCACAAGGUGCAAUAAAAAGGGUUACUGUAUUACAUGCAUCACAAAAUGGUGAGGAAUUGUGUUUUUUUUUUCUUUUUUCUUUCCCAUCUUUCAGCUCUAUAUUAUGGUACUAACGUCUUUUCUUAUAACAAAAAUCAUUGGUUGGAAACAUGUUUUCAAGUAAAUGAAUCAAAUGUUUCCACACUAGAAUUAUUUCCUGCACCCUCAUGCUUAUAGUUAUAAAUGUGGAAGAUAAACAAUUACAUGAUGACGUUCUUUUUUGUUCGCCAACUAUUGCAUAUUUUUUCUCUCCGUGUACUGAUAGCAUGAAAUAAUUAGUUGCUUUGUGUUUUCUGCCAUAAUAUUUGGUUAAGUUUCAUCUGCACUACAACUAUUCAGCUUCACUGUUUGAACAAUAUUGUAUGCAUAAGAUUGUAUUUAAUUCCAUCAUGUCAAUCAUAUCAGUUCUGUUUUGCUUUUGUUGCUUAUAUGUUGUGGUAUACCUUAAAUCUUUGUUUUAUCUUUCUCUUCAAUGUCAAAUUAUUUGAUGUUUUUUGAGACUGAAAUGUACUUAUAAUUUCUGAGUUGUUCUUUAGCAAACUUGAUUUUCGAUUUUACUGCCUAAACGGUAUAGUUAUUAUCUUCUCUUUGGAAGAUGGCAGUCCAUGCCCUUUCCGGUUGAGGCAUAUCUUAUACUCAUUUUUACAGAACUUUGUUUAAACAUGUUUUGAAGUAAAUGAAUCCUCAUGCUUAUAUUUUUGUUUUUUCAUCAAUGUUCUUGCAUAUAUAUUUACUAUAUCUCUGUGGUAAUUAC